CUAUCGAUGUGCGAUUUCGAUUCGUCGGGAUUUCAAUUCUUAUUUGAUUGUUACGUAAAAGAUAUUGAAAGGAAAGUUGUCGCAGAAUUGAUUUACAAUUUUAAAGAAGACUUCCAGGUAUCCAGGAUGAAUCCGCAAGGGCAUUCAAUACACGGUAUGCCUGGUACGAUUCCCAACUCCAGCGGGAACCGCCAACAAAUGUCGUCAAAUCCAAGUUUAACUCAUCAUCAAUUAACAAAUGUAAUGCCUCAUUCACAACCACACAAUACCUUUUCACAUCAGAUGGGAGGUAACUCGCUACAUUUACCAAACCCAAGCGGAUACAGUCAACAAAUGCAACCCCAUCAUCAGAUUGGAUACAAACAAACUUAUGCUACAAAGAAUAUUACAGAUAAUAACGAACAAACAAAUGAACAACAAAGACAAGAUACCUUACAAACUACAUCGCGGUCACAGAUUCAAGGCCCACCUUCCAUAUCAACUCCUUAUUCAAGCGUUCAUCCAAUGACACCAAGGACACCAGCAGAGUUUGGUGUUGGACCUCCACAACUACAAAACAUCGUAUCUACGGUCAAUCUUGACACAAAGCUUGAUUUAAAAAGAAUUGCCCUUCAUGCAAGAAAUGCUGAGUAUAAUCCCAAGCGAUUUGCAGCUGUUAUCAUGAGGAUUAGAGAACCAAGAACCACAGCUCUUAUCUUUAGCUCUGGUAAGAUGGUGUGUACAGGAGCAAAGAGUGAGAAUGCAUCUCGGUUAGCUGCAAGAAAAUACGCUCGUGUCGUGCAAAAACUUGGUUUUCCUGCAAAGUUUAUCGAUUUUAAGAUACAGAAUAUGGUGGGGAGUGUGGAUGUAAAGUUUCCUAUCAGACUGGAAGGAUUGGUGUUGGCACACAGUCAGUUCUCAAGUUAUGAGCCUGAGCUUUUCCCUGGAUUAAUUUACAGAAUGGUGAAACCAAGGAUUGUACUUCUUAUAUUUGUGUCUGGUAAAGUAGUUCUAACAGGUGCCAAAGUAUAUAAUGAGAUAGAGGAAGCAUUCAACAACAUAUAUCCGAUACUAAAGGGGUAUAGGAAGACUUCUUGAAGAUAUUGGUACAUUGUGGCCCAAAGUUCACGCCAUUCCACGAACUGAACUCUUCGUUUUUUUUCUUUGCUUUACUUGCAUAUUACGUUGCAGGAUCGUGUGUUUAUUGCGCAAUCAUAAAAUAAACGACGACUUUUCACAA